GGCCGUGGGCGGCAGCGGCUGGUCGGCGGCGGCUCUGCUGGUGCGGGGGCGACGAGCUUAGGGACCUGGGGACCGAAAGCCGUGCACCUGCGGGCUGAAGGAAGGACAGCUCUCUGCGGGUCUCCGGUCCAGACCCUCCCCCGCCCCACCCCGCCCUCCGUCCUCGUUCGGGGGUUCGGAGCUUGCAGAGCGCGCAGUCGCCGCCACCGGACAUCCCCCCCCCAAGCCGUCCAGGGGCUCCCUUUUCCCGGGAUCCGGGACCCCGGCUCCCUGCCCGCCCCGGCCCCGGCACCAUGUCGGAGAAGAGCGUGGAGACAGCGCCUGAGCUCAGCGCCAAGGACCUGAAGGAGAAGAAAGAAAAAGUAGAAGAGAAGACUAGUCGGAAAGAGAGGAAGAAAGACGUGGUAGAGGAGGAGGAGAAUGGAGCUGAAGAGGAGGAGGAGGAGACUGCAGAGGAUGGAGAAGAUGAUGAUGAGGGUGAGGAGGAAGAUGAGGAAGAAGAGGAAGAUGAUGACGAAGGGCCCGCACUGAAGAGAGCUGCUGAGGAUGAGGAUGAAGCCGAUCCUAAAAGGCAGAAGACAGAAAACGGGGCAUCGGUGUGAGCCUCAGUCGUCUGGGCUGAGGGUGGGGAGGACCCCAUGGGCCUGGAAGUGAGAUGGGGAGGGAUAAGUGCAGCGGCCUUUCACCUGGCUCCCUGUUCUGGAUUCCUCCCCAGAGCUGUCCCCCUCCUAUUCUCCCCAGCCUUCUUACUGUUCCCUUUCCAGGUAUUCCAAUUUUUACCUCUCCAUUCCUUCACCUCCUGAACAUUCCCCAUCCCUGAGCUUCCCAGCUGAUCCCCAGACUACUCUUCUUUUCCAUAUCCUCAUAUCUCUUCCCAUCCCCCAGUUGAUUCUUCAAAAUCCAAUUCUACCCCUUUCCACAUUCCUAAAUCUCCCCUUCUGCCUUCUCUCCCACUCUCCCUGCCUGAUCCCUGGAUCUCCCUCAGAUUCCCCACCCCCUCACAGCACCAGGCUGGGGUUGGGGCUGAGCCCCACAGCUGCCCCCUCUCCCCUUUAUCCUUUUUGUAUAAUUUAAUAAAGAAAUGGUCGCGCUUCUGUUUUUAA